AUGGCAUUUCAACACCAUGACUACACGGUCGCGUGGAUCUGUGCGUUGCCGCUGGAGAUGACAGCGGCCAAGAUGAUGCUGGAUGAAGUCCACCCUCGUCUCUCUCAGCCAAAUUCCGAUCACAACGCCUACACACUCGGCAGCAUCAGUGGACACAAUGUUGUGGUAGCCUGCCUCCCAUCCGGUGUUUAUGGAACCACCACUGCAGCGCUCGUACUUGCUCAUAUGCUCGAAACUUUUCCAUCUCUUCGAUUUGGGUUGAUGGUGGGUAUCGGGGGUGGUGUACCGAGCAAGGAUGUCGAUAUCCGUCUCGGCGAUGUGGUCGUCAGCAUGCCAACUGCAACCUCUGGAGGCGUGGUCCAGUAUGACUAUGGAAAGACAAUGCGUGACGGGCGCUUUGAGCGCACUGGGUCCCUCAACAAACCACCGCAAUAUUUGCUGACUGCAGUAUCUCAAAUGCGCAGUAGCCCUCAACUUGUUACUCGCGAAAAACGGGAUUCUAACAUGACCACUAUUCAUUAUGGCUUGAUUGCGUCUGGGAAUCAAGUCAUGAAAAAUGCCAAGACACGAGACAUUAUUGCCCAGGAGCUAAAGAUUCUCUGCUUUGAAAUGGAAGCAGCUGGGUUGAUGGAUCAGUUGCCAUGCCUGGUGAUUCGAGGAGUUUGCGACUACUGUGACUCGCACAAGCAUAAGCAAUGGCAGGCAUACGCUGCUCUUACUGCCGCUGCAUAUACCAAGACUCUUCUAGAGGUGGUGCCUCGAUAUGACUAUGGCCCGAAUGUUCACCGAAACUUGAAAGAAGCCCAUCACUGGAUGGUCCCAUUUGCUCAAAAUUCUCGAUUUGCUGGUCGUCAACAAGAGAUUGACCGGCUUGAACACUUGAUUUCUCACACAUCCGGUCCGACCAAGAUUGCUAUACAUGGGCUUGGAGGGAUUGGGAAGACACAGAUCGCACUAGAGCUUGCUUAUCGCAUACGAGAGUCGAGUACUGGAUGCUCUGUAUUCUGGAUCCCAUGCGUCAGCUACGAGAGCGUGGAACAGACUUACCUGAAUAUCGCCGCAGCCCUUGGCAUAUCGACAACAGAGCCAGCCAAAGUAAAGGAACAAGUGAAGGCCUACCUUAGUCAAGGGAGCGUUGCAAAGUGGCUUCUCAUUUUUGACAACGCAGAUGACUCGGGAAUGUGGAUUGAUGGAAGCGCCACUACGCCACCACUCAAGAAUAUUCUGCCUCGUAGUGGGAAUGGUCAUAUUCUCUUCACUUCUCGUAAUCGGAGGCUAGCAGUCAAGUUGGCGGCGCCUAAUGUCCUAUCUGUUCCCGAUUCAUCCAGAAAGACCUGUUGCAUGACAACAACCACAGCCAAUAAUCUCCUUGAACAGCUUGGCUUUCUUCCCCUUGCAAUCACUCAAGCCGCGGUAUACAUCAAUGAAAAGGACAUCUCAUUAUCUAAGUAUCUGUCAUUAUUGAAACAAGAAGCGUCAAGCGCGGCCGAGCUUUUAAGUGAGGAAUUUGAGGAUGAUGCUCGAUACGCCGAAAUUCAGAAUCCACAAAUCCAGCAACUUGAUGGACUGGCAGCAGACUAUCUAUCGUUCAUAGCUUGCAUCAACCCAAGAGACAUACCCCAGGCAAUUCUUCCACCUGCACCUUCAGCGAAGAAGAGAUCGGAUGCAUUGGACAUUUUAAAGGCAUAUUCUUUCAUUAUUGAGCAUCCCUAUAAUGGCCUUUUCAACCUUCAUCAACUUGUGCAUCUGGCUAUGCGGAAUUGGAUGAGAAAAACAAAGGUUAUUGAGCACUGGGUGCACCGGACUGUACAGCAGUUAGAUGAAAUCUUCUUUAAUCCGGACUACAGCAAUGCGGGAUUGUGGAGAGACUACCUGUCUCACGCCCUGUAUUUGAUGAAUGCAGAGGCUGAGAAUAUGCAGCGACAAGCACUAAAGGGCAGAGAGAAAGUUCUAGGGCCAAAGAACCUUAAGACACUCUCUAGUAUGAAUCAUCUUGGCUUAGUCCUUGGGCGACAGGGCAAGUUUUCACAGGCUGAGGCCUUGCACCGACAGGCGUUGAAAGGACAUAUUGAGGCUUUAGGGCCAGAAGACCUUAAGACACUCUCUAGCAUGAAUCACCUUAGCUUAGUGCUUGAGGGCCAGGGAAAGUGCACAGAGGCUGAGCUUAUGUGCCGAAAAAUACUAGCAGGUUAUACAAAAGCUCUAGGGGUAGAGCAUACAGACACACUCUCUAGCCUUGCAUGUCUUGGCGGAGUGCUUGAGAAACAGAGCAAGUAUGUUGAGGCUGAGGCUAUGUACCGAAAAACACUAGAGGGGUUUACAAAGACUCUAGGGCCAAAGCAUCCUGACACGAUGAAGAUUAUCAGUUAUAUUGGUUCUGUGCUUGAAAAGCAGGGUAAUUAUAAAGAAGCUGAGAUCAUGGACCGGAAAGUGCUAGAAUACGAUGGAGUGGCUAUGGGGCCAGAACAUCCCUUGAACUGGUCUAGUAUGAAUCAUCUUGGCUUAGUGCUUGUGGAACAGGACAAGUAUAUGGAGGCCGAGGCUAUGUACCGACAGGCAUUAAAAGGCUAUGAGACAGCCCUAGGGGCAAGUAUGCAGAGACUGAGGCUAUGCACCGAAAAACAUCCCGAAGGCUGCAAGAAAGCUCUAGGGCCAGAGAAUCCUGGCACACUCGCUAGUCUCGGUAUCCUUGGCUUGGUGGUUGAGAAACAAGGCAAGCUAACAGAGGCUGAGGCUAUAUACCGACAGGCACUAGAAGGCUUGAUGAAAGAUCCAGGGCCAACGCAUCCUGCCACACUCGAUAUUGCUAGACUUCUCACUGGACUGCUUGAAGACCAGGGAAAAUAA